UAAUCUUCUCUAGGCUCCUCCAUUCAGAUCAUACUAGCUAGAGUUUUCUUUUCAAAAAUAAGAGAGGACGAUGAUGGGCAACUGGAGGAAGAAGAGAGACGACGAAAAGGGGUUGGUGUGGAAGCUUUUCGAGGAUAUCGGAAACGUUGGUCCGGCUUUAGGGCUCGGUGCCGGUUGCGGAUUUGGUUUCGGUGCAGGUCUCACGGGAGGAUACGGACCAGGACUUCCUAAACUGCAGUUUGGGGUCGGGUUUGGAACUGGAUGUGGAAUUGGUGUAGGACUUGGCUUUGGUGUCGGAAGAGGCGCCGUGUUCGACCACGCUCGCGCUUUCAAUAAUGUCGUAGACUAUCUCUGGUGGAAGCUUAUUGGUUUUGCUCAAGGCCCUUGAUUGAUUCUAUCCAAGCAAGGUCGAGUCCACACAUUAAGUUGAGGUUUCCUAAUUGCUUGUUCUCUUUGGCGUCGUUUGUUUCUUUCCCUCAGUGUGGUAGAUUGUUGCUUGGACGAUGAUCAUGAACUAUCUUGAUUGACAAGUAUAUACUCUCCAACAGUUGUAUGCUUAGUUACUUUCAGAUUUUCGAUGUGAACUGAUAUGAGAACAAGAUGUGGUUUAGUGUCUCCUAUGUAUUAUUGAGAACACAGUCGAAUCUAUGUCCCCAUGUCCAGCUCUUCAUCUGAUUUCCGGUUAAUAAAUCAAUUACGUAUU